AUGACUGAGAUUGGAUUCAACAACGAGACCGGACGCAAGUUGGUUAACAUGGCGCUAUGGGAUAAGGAAGUUGAACCUGGCGACAACGAGAUAGCAUUAUCUACUCAUGCAAUAAGUGCCUUGUACUAUGCCGCGUGCAAUCAAUAUAUUGAUUAUGAGAUCUUCAUGUGGCUUCUUGAUUACUUCGGUAACUGGACCCAUGAUGACUUCAAACGGCUUAGCGUACACAUCCAGAAAAAGAUCAAGGACAUGCUAAUGGACCGAGGCAUCUUUGUUGAUUAUAUUGGCAGGAAAAAGACGAUUGCAAAGGCACUAGAUGACUUAGUGCAGAUGACUAGGAUGCCUGAGUGGCCGCAUGAGAUUGCUGCCGCCAAAGCCUUUGACUCACGGUCGAAGAUGGCCAAGGGUCAGUUCCCUCAACUCGCCACCAAAAAUGGCAGUGAAGAAGAGGAACCAGAGGUAAUAGCCUCCUUGAUUGAGGAUGGCAGAGAGGACUACGAAAAGGGUAAGCAACCGUUGGUAGAGACACCAAAGCAGGCAUCUCAAGAUCAUGAUCAACAGCCAAAAAAUCAUGCUCAAAAUGACAAGCCUAGUAGACCUCAUGACCACUUAAGCUUGCCUGGACCUACUUAUACUUACCCAUACCGCUCUAAACUUGAGGACGACUGGCGCAGGCAGACACCGCGCUAUACCAUAGCACCCCCGGCGCCCAAGAUCUCAAUGUCAUCGGAGAAGUGGGACGAUUGGACUAUGCUACCACCUAGGGAAGUUGGAUAUCGGUACGACAUCUUGGACGACAAAGUACGCGCAUUCUUAAGAGCGUGCAAGCUCUCUAGCAUCUCGAUUAGUCAAUGUUGGGAAGUCUUCCCUGAGAUGCUAUCUGGACGUGCAGGGGCGUACCACAUGCACCACAUCAAGCCAGGUGCUUCCUUCGCUCAAGCAUACAACGCGAUAAAAGCAUACUUUGACACGCCCAACAACCAGACAGAUUACUACCAGGAGUGGACCACAGUCACUCUUGCUGGAGAGCGCCAAAGCAAUCCCAGCAAAUCGUGGGUUGAGGUCGUAGAUCUCAUGGUUGAUAAACUUCAUUUAUGCCAGCGAGCAUUAGGAUCAGCAUAUGCUGGUGAUGAACACCUUAUUGCCGCCAUCACAAGAGCGUGCCAAUCUACACCAGAAAUGGGCGAGACUCUCAGUGAACCAACAAGCAGCUUCCAGACAAUUAUUUCUAAGCUGCGUGCCAGGGCAGGUGUAGUGCAGCAGAAGGAGUUAGCAAGCCAGUACGUGGUAGAUAAAGUCAAUAAUCCUCAAGUAUUCUAUACAGACAGGAAGUUUAUAGGACGCACAAAUCAUAACAACAGUCCUAUAUCACGUCAAGAAUAUCAACGCAAGAACCGUGACGAUGCCAAACAACUCAAGAAAAGCAAUGGAAGGUAUUUUAUUUGUCAUCGAGAGAACUGCCACUCAUGGAAGCAUUCUGAAGAAGAACGCCGCGAAGCGCGAGAUCGAUAUGACCGCUAUCGACAGGUAGAUGGAAGGAAGAAGCUGUCAACCCGCGCUUACCAGACCUUCUUGCAGGAAUAUGAAGGCACCUCGUCGGAAGAGGAAGACGAUGAUUCCACCGAGGAGGAGGUUAAGCAGGACGUGACCACCGCAUACUUUAUGAUUAACCAACUGCAAGAUCGUGCCUUUAUCCACCGGAUAACAGGCUGCAAUAAUGGCAUAGAGCCGCCUAGAUUUCACCUCGAUUUUGAAGUUAAAUCAUCUGACCAAUCAGAAGAUACAGGAGCAUCGACUGUCUCAACCGUUGGUAAAGGACAACUUGCCGCCUUCCUGAGACUCUAUCCCCACACCAAGGUCGAUAGAUCGCGUGCAGGAGAGUACUCAGUCCGCUUCGGCAUGAGCAACCCAAUAAUCUCGACUGCGGUGAUUACCGUGGAAUCGCAGUUUGGUGAUAUAGAAUUUAACACCAUGGAUUUACCAACGCCUUUCCUGUUCUGCCUCAAAGAUAUGGAUCGCCUACGCGUUAAGUUUGACAACCUCACCAACGAGAUGAUCCAGGGAGACCUUAUCGUACCGGUUAUUCGCAAGCGAGGCCACCCGUGGUUCUUCCUGGAUGAGAAGUAUGCACCAGAGGCGUUUCUAACUGAGGUCAAGAUGAGGCGGUUACAUCGACGGUUUGGUCACCCUGCAGUUGAUAGGCUGCACAAGGUCUUAAAGCGUGCAGGCCAUCUUGACGUGGAUUAUAAGAUGCUUGCGCAGAUUGAAGAAUUCUGCCACCAUUGCCAAAUAAACUGGCAAGCACCCAAACAGUUCAAAUUCACGUUGCAUGACGACUGCGAGUACAACUACGAGAUCGUUGUUGAUGUUAUGUAUCUUGAUGGCAAGCCAGUACUGCACAUCGUUGACUGGGCAACCUCAUUCCAAGUAGCAAAAUUCUUGAAGUCUCUGUCAACUAAGGACACCUGGGAAGCACUCCAGGCAGCGUGGAUUGACACAUAUCUUGGUCCCCCUGAUGUCAUAUCCCACGACGCAGGAACGAAUUUUGCUACAGUAGAAUUUAGAACUAAGGCCAAGAUGAUGGGAAUCCAAUGCCACCAGGUGCCAGUCGAGGCUCACAAUGCUAUUGGUAAGGUCGAACGGUACCACACACCACUGCGCCGCGCUUAUAAUAUCAUAUUGUCGGAACUCGGUACAAGCGUCGACAAGGAGAUCAUACUUCAGAUGGCGGUUAAGGCUGUCAAUGACACAGUAGGACCAGAUGGAUUAGUACCAACCGUACUAGUCUUUGGUGCCUAUCCUCGCAUGACUUACAACUCGCCACCAUCAGCAUUGACAGCAAAGCGCGCCCAGGCCAUGAGGAAGGCCAUGAUCGACUUAAGGAACGCCAUGGCCACGCGUAAAGUCAAUGACGCUCUCAAGGCCAGGAACGGCCCGAUUGUCACGGAAACGCUCAACCUGGCACCAGGAACCGACGUGCAGGUCUGGCGAGAAGGUAAAGGAUGGACUAGCCCGCACAAAGUUAUCUCAGUUAACGAUUACAAUGUGAUUGUGGACCUACCCAGCGGUGUCACUGAUUUCCGUGCAACUUCAGUACGACGUUACCAGCGAGACGAGAUCGAGUCGUCUCCGACUCGGCGCCUACUAGGCACUGAUCUUCCUCCUCAAAAGGAGGAAGAAGGUAGAAAAAUCGACGGCCUACUGGCGGGCCGGAAAAGUGGCCCAGCAUUUGCUCGGGGAUCCUCCUCAUGCGACGCUGCUGCCGGCGCGCUGCAAGAAGUGGAAUUAGGAGAGCCUGCCGGCGCGGCAAAUCCGAAUCGCCGCCUGAGGACAAGAGGGAUUCAUGUUCCUGACGCACCAGUAAUGCCGCCAGCGCCACGCCGCCGAGGACGACCUCCAGGUUCGAAGAACAAACCAAAGACCUAUACCAAUAAGGUCGAGGUGUUCCUAUCUAGGAAGGAAAAAGACGACCUAGAACUAGCAGUCAAGCUGCGCCAAGAAGGGAAGAUAACCGCGGAUGGCGCGCCAUUUAAGCUCUCUGCAAUGGCUGAGAUCGAUGGUCUCAUUGCGAGUGGCACUUUCAAGAUAAUGCACCAUGAUGAUUUGGAUCUCAGAGGCGUACAAAUCUUCAACUCCCGGUUGGUCAAUGAGAUAAAAGGCAAGAACGAGAAACCGUACGAGAAGUCACGCCUCGUCAUACAGGGUUAUAACGACGCGGGCAAAACUGGCAUACUGACACAAGCGCCGACGAUUCAGCGCGCCAGCUAG